CCCUAUAAAUUAAAAGUGACCAAAUACAUAUAAGUCGAUGCAAUAUUUUUUCGUUCAUUAUUGUUGUUUAUAAAGUUUCUUUUUAUUUUGUAAUCGAAUUAAAUUUAGUUUUUAUCGUACAAACAAGUGUUAUUAUUUAAGUGAAAUUUAUUAGAGAAACAAUGGAAAAUAGUCGUGAAAAUUCAUUUUGGAAGCAUAAUGGUCGAUUGGUACCGGGUCGCCCAAGUCCAAAAAAAGAAAACAAAUUAUUGUCGAAAAGUGUGAAGGGUCCAAUUGGUUCAACAUCAUUUCAAGACUUUCAGAAUUCGGUGCGUGACGCCUGGGACAUUGGUGACGAUGAAUUUUGCAUAGUAUCAGAAAUGAGCAAUGCGAAAAUUUCAAAAAAAGUUUCACAGUCGGCCGCAUUGAGUGUCAUUAAAACGCAUAAAAAUUUUGUUGGUAUCCAUCAGUGUAGUGAUGACAUUGCCCAAAAAUCAACUGCAUCAGUAUCCACGGCAACUAUUGAUAGAAAUUCACAAGUGAAAACUCAACGAUCUAAUGAAUGUAGUGAUAAUUUAGAAGCAUGUGCUCCUGUUUUGAACAAUACAUCAUCGAUGGACGGAUGCAGCAUGGCCACCGAAUCGCCAGAUUAUCGACCAAAAAUACAAAAAAUUAAAAUGAAUUCGUUUCCAGGUCGUCCACAAUUGCAAAAAUUUUCACCACAAUUGUCACGUGAUGUGGAAUAUGAGUCAAAAAUUGAGAAAUUCAAAGCAUUACUCGAUGAUCCACAAUUGAAUUUAAGGGAUUUAAAAGAGCUCAGUUGGUCUGGCAUACCAAAGAAAAUGCGUGCUGUAACAUGGCGCCUACUUUCGGGCUAUUUGCCAACUUCAUUAGAACGACGCAAUUCAAUUUUAGAACAUAAACGACUGAACUAUUUAAAUUUAGUUGAACAAUAUUUUCGCGUUGAAAGUAGGGAUGAGGCGCAACAGGAGACAUUCCGUCAAAUUCAUAUUGAUAUGCCACGUAUGAAUCCACAUAUCCGACUAUUUCAGCAAACACUCGUACAGGAAAUGUUCGAACGUAUUCUAUUCAUUUGGGCUAUACGGCAUCCAGCAUCUGGCUAUGUGCAAGGCAUCAACGAUUUAGUGACACCAUUUUUUAUUGUAUUUUUACAAGAAGCAUUGGAAUCCGUUGACCUAAUUGUUGAACUUGAUACAUUCAAAUUGGAUACGCUGUCAAAAGAGCAAUUAAAUAUUAUUGAAGCCGAUUCUUUCUGGUGCUUAUCAAAAUUUCUCGAUUGUAUUCAAGACAAUUACAUAUUUGCACAGCUGGGAAUACAGGCCAAAGUGAAUCAAUUAAAAGAAUUAAUACAACGAAUUGACGGAACUCUUCACAAUCAUUUACAAUCGCAUGGGGUUGAUUAUUUACAAUUUUCAUUUCGUUGGAUGAAUAAUCUUCUGACGCGAGAACUGCCAUUACAUUCGACCAUCCGUCUAUGGGACACAUAUUUAGCCGAAUCAGAUGGUUUUGCAGUAUUUCAAUUGUAUGUUUGUGCUGCAUUUUUGUUGCAUUGGCGAGAGCAACUGCUCAAGGAGACUGAAUUUCAGGGAUUGAUGUUGCUGCUUCAGAAUUUACCCACACAAAAUUGGAAUGACUCGUAUAUUGGCAUUCUAGUUGCCGAAGCAUAUCGUUUAAAAUUCACAUAUGCCGAUGCUCCAAAACAUUUCGAAGGCAAAAGCUGAUAUGUUGAAUAAUUAUUAAGUAAACGUUUUUUUUUUUAAUAUCAAAAUGAAUGAGAACACAAAUAGAAAUUUUACUACAGCGUUUGAUAUUUCAUAUCGAAAAAAUUCCCAUUAAUUUGGAAUUAAUUAGAAUAAAUUCAAUAAAGAUUUUAGUUAUUAAAAAAAUGGAUUGUUGACUCAUUGAUUUGUUUUUGUUCUUAGUAACCAAAUUCAGAACUUCCGGAAGUGUAUUCAAUAAAAAUUCAUGUCAAUUAUUGUU